UCACAGCGGCCGGGCUCGGGGUUCGGCUGGCGGCGGGGACCAGGCGGCCAUGGCGAUGCUGCAGCUGCUGCUGCUGCUGGUGGUGGCGGCCAUCCAGGGGGGGCACUGCAACCCAGGCCCGCACUCGCUGCGCUAUUUCUACACGGCGGUGUCGGAGCCCGGCCCGGGGCUGCCCCAGUUCAUCACAGUCGGGUACGUGGACGAUCAGCUCUUCGGUCAGUACAACAGCGAGCGGCGGAGCGCGGAGCCACGCGCGGAGUGGGCGAAGCGGAACCUGGACGCGCAGUACUGGGAGCGGAACACACAGAUCUUCCAGGGCGCGCAGCCCGUGUUCCGAGCGAACCUGGACACCGCGCGCCAGCGCUACAACCAGAGCGGGGGGUUUCACACUUUCCAACUGAAGUACGGCUGUGAGCUCCGGGCUGACGGCUCCAAAGGGGGGUUUUACCAGUACGCCUACGACGGGGGAGACUUCAUCAGCCUGGAUAAGGACAAGGAGACCUGGGUGGCGGCGGAUGACGCGGCUCGGAUCACCAAAGGGAAAUGGGAUGCUGACAGGAGCUACACUCAGAGACAGAAAGCUUACCUGGAGGAGACCUGCAUCGAGUGGCUGGGGAAGUACGUGCAGUACGGGAAGGAGACGCUGCAGAGGAGAGAGCCACCGCGGGUGCAGGUGAGCGACCGGCCGAGCCGGGACGGGCUCACCACCCUCUCUUGCCGGGUCCACGGCUUCUACCCACAGAACGUGGCCGUUGUGUGGCUGAAGAAGGGGAUGGCCGUGCCGCAGGAGACGAUCCAGUGGGGGGUCGUUCCUAGUGGUGAUGGGACCUACCAGACCCGGGCCACCAUCGAGAUCGACCCCAGCAGUGAGACCAAUUAUACCUGCUGCGUGGAGCACCCCACCCUGGCGCAGGAUCUGAGAGUGCCCUGGGUGCCCAAGUCCAAUGUGAUGCUGAUCGUGGGUGUCGUCAUCGGGGUUCUCGUGCUGGUCGCUGCCAUUGCUGGAGCCGUUGUCUUCCUCAAGAAGAAGAAAGACGGCUACAAAGCGGCUCCAGCUCACGAAGGCUCUGCCAGCUCCGGAAGCAACCAGGGAUCAGACACCUGUAUCAAGGCGUAACGGAGCCCGUCGGCCCCUGUGCAGCUGGCUGGGGGGAUCCCAGACACAAGGAGAGACCGGAGCAGAUCAGGCUCCUGGGAAUGCAACAGCUCAUCAGCACCUUCCACAUCCUGCUUAAAGCCUUUGCCUUGAUUGUACCCGAGCUAAAUGCCCAGCUGUGAGACAGCAACUGCAACAUUCUCUUUAGAAUUGAAACCUCCCCGGCUGCAGACUGUCAGGGAUGGUCGGGGUCGCUUAUUGUUUGAUUUCUGCAGAACUGUCGUGUUUUAAAACUUAAAUCUAUGGGGAUCUUUUUUUGUAUAGAAAAAUAACCAGGGUGGCUGGACUGAAUUGUUAGCGUAAGGCUGGACCCAGCACACACUGUUCUGUCUGCUGUGAUUGUUACAGACCCAGAUUUCAGUUUCUGCUGUGAUUAAGGGAUUAAGAUGUUGUUCUUUUUGCUGCUGGAGCUUCCUGUGUAAUGGGCUAAAUCCUGCUGUCAGGGCACUGGUCACCCCAGUGUCAGGCCUUGUCUACAUUGCGAUUUGCACCGGUGCAACUACAGAGGUGUGAGUUUGAAGUGCCCUAGUUAAAUCCCUGUGUGGACACUUAGUCUGGUGUAAGACAAGGCUUCUUUUGAUUUAAACUGAUUCCCAAGUGACCUAAGCGACACCAGAAAAAGCCACUUCUUCUCCCAGGAUCAGUGUCCCCAGCUGAUCUGGUGCACGUUUGUGUGUAGACAAAGCCUAAGCUGGCGCCAACUCUGCUCCCAAAUGGGUUGAUUUUGUGUGUGAUGGAUGUAUGUAAUUUUUUUUUCUUGCUUAAGAUUUUAAAACCAGUUUUAAAUAGUAACGUUCUAUCUCUUGGCAAUUUUCAGCUGGACACAAUAAAUGUAGGUUUGGGGUUUUAA